AAGCAAAUUUAGAAAAUGAAUAAACUAAUAAACAAACAAAAAAAUGAUGCAGUCACGCCAUACACCACAAGGGGGAGCGCCUGCCCGCCCACGAAAAACGAAGAAGAAACCCGCCCGUUGGAAAUCGCUGAAGAAGAGCGUUGGUUUUUAAAACUGACGCUGUUUUGGUCGAUCAACGAGCCUGAGGAAAGACGAACCUAUCUACUAAAUCGACUUGAGAUGUACUACUAUCGCUAUGAGAAUUCUGAGGUCAGCUGCUGUUAUAAGUACCUGAUGUUCAGCUACAACAUCAUCUUUUGGCUGGCUGGAGCUGCCUUCAUCGCGGCCGGGUUCUGGGCCUGGAGUGAAAAGGGGGUCUUGUUGGACUUGACCCAGGUGACCCGGCUGCAUGGCUUCGACCCAGUCUGGCUGGUCCUGGUGGUCGGCGGGAUCACAUUUAUCCUAGGCUUUGCUGGCUGCGUGGGAGCCCUGAGAGAGAACAUCUGUCUGCUGAAAUUUUUUUCAGGUGUCAUCGGCUUGAUCUUCUUCCUGGAGCUGACGGCGGCCGUGUUGGCGGUGGUUUUCCAGAGUCAGGUCCGGGAGUGGAUCAACGAUUUCUUCCUGCAGAACAUCAGAUCGUACAGAGAUGACAUCGACCUGCAGAACCUCAUUGACUCUCUGCAGAAAAUGAACCAAUGCUGCGGUGCUAAGGAUCCGAACGACUGGGACGAGAACCUGUACUUCAACUGUAACAUGACAAAUCGUAGCAGAGAGAGCUGCGGUGUCCCGUUCUCUUGCUGCAUCUCCGACCCUACUGACUUAGUGAUAAAUACUCAAUGUGGCUAUGAUGUGAGGAAGAAAAAGGAUGACUGGGCCAAUUAUAUCCACACCAAAGGCUGUAUUACAGCGCUGGAGGACUGGUUACCAAGAAACCUGUACACUGUGGCCAUCGUGUUUGUAGUCAUCUCCCUGUUGCAGAUGGUGGGAAUCUACUUAGCCAAGACGCUGAUCUCAGACAUCCAUAAGGUCAAAUUCAGAUACUAAAGCCUUCAUCUGCAGGAGCCAAAUCCAGAUCUGGAGCUGGGUUUUGCACCCAGAUGUGCCUUCUUUUUCUCUCUGUGAAAUGGGCGUUUCCAUUCUGACUGAAGGGCAGCGAUGUUUGCUGCUCAGACUGAGUAAUGUUUUUUUGUUCUGAAGGAGCUCUGCCUUGUGUUGUUUUUCGAUUGUUCUUGUUUUGAUGCCACUGAUCUCUGCACCAGGCCACCUUCACCUCUCUCUGCCUUAACUUCUUCUCCAUCAGUUCAGGUGCCUUUUAUGCGCUUUCAGCCCCCAGACUGUUAAACACGUGGAACCCACUGGGCAACCACCAUCGGGUCAGUUUAGAUGGUCUUCUCAGGUCACAUCUUUGUCACAUGACAGAGAUUUAUGUCCAGUAACCAACCCCUAGUAAACUGCCUUUGUGAACCGCUCGAUCAUCCAGCCAAGAACCACUGGAAAACACCUGAAACUGUUGGCAUUUCCUAUUAUGUGAAGGAGAUGUCAUUUUCAGUGUGAGCACCUUACUUGUGCCAGGAUGGACUGGUACCAGUUCCAGGUCACGUGAUCUCCAUGAAUGAAGUGCAGUUGGAAUUAAUAAAUUUUUUUUCUUCGACACAACAAUUUUUGUAAUGUAAAAUGUUUAUAUCUGAAUGACUUUUAUAGUGAAGGGGGUGUUUUGUAUAAAAUAAAUUUUAUCUUUUUGUAUUCAAUGUUAUUAAAAAUGAAUUUUCAUUGA